GUUACGCGCGUUACGCGCGACAUGACGUUUCGGUCCAUUUCGGAACAGGGCUGCGAUUGCUUGCGAGCGUCCGGCGCUGUCGCUGACCGUGGUGCUGAUGAUUGUACAGUUAUGGAGGAGUUUAAAGUAGCUCCAUCAGCUUGUCGUCAAGGUUUUGAAAUUCGCGGCUUCCUCCAGUGUCCCACCAUUCCGUGUGGGCGCCUCCUCGAGCUGCUCCUAGUGUGAGUGGAUGAGGCAUUCCCUUUCCGGCUACACCUGCUCGAUCCACCAGGAAGUGUAGCGCGACAAACCCUAAAGUAAUAAUCCCUUUCACCUGGCGCAAGAGGACCGAAUAAUACUAUGCUGCGUUCACGGAGAAAUCCGCUUGGAUGGUUAAUCUAACGGGUAUAUCGUUUUAGUGAGUGACACACAAUUAAUGCAGGGUAAAAACGUACCGUCAACUCCCUGUAAGUUGGGGUUAUUAUUUUCUUGUGGUGUAGCGUUUAGUUCUUUGCUAUUCUAACCUCUCGCCUGCAAUGGGAUGCUGCGGUAGCACAGAGAGGGCAAAAAGAGAAUGGAAACCCCUGGAGGAUCGAAGUUGCACAGAUUUGCCAUGGUUCCUCUUAUUCACAUUGUUCUGCAUGGGAAUGGGCGCCAUCUGUGGGUAUACCAUAGUGACUGGCGGGGCAGCACGCCUGGUGUUUGGAUAUGACAGCUAUGGGAACACGUGCGGCCAACGCAACGAAGCCAUCGAAGGGGUCAGGCUGAGCGGCCUGGACCACACGGACAGAAAAUAUGUGUUCUUCCUGGACCCCUGCAACAUAGACAUCAUUCAAAGGAAGAUCAAGUCAAUGGCCCUGUGUGUCUCGCAGUGUCCAACCGAGGAGCUGAGGACAUAUGAGGACCUGCGGAGGUUUGCCAUGAUCAACGGCUCGGAGCUCUGUUCCUAUGAGCUGGCAGGCCAUAAGUACCCAAGCCUUCCAGAGCGCUUCGACAAGUGUCCCAAACUUCCGGUCCCACAGAGUAAGCCUCUGCCAGUCUUUAACCGCUGCACUCCUGUGGAUAUCUCUUGCUAUACGAAGUUCGCCGAGGCAGUGAUGACGUUCGUCAGCGAUAACGCUGUGCUCCACCGGCUAAUCGCUGGAGUGGUGGCCAGUAAAGAGGUCAUUGUGGGGCUCUGUCUGCUAGCGUUAGUGCUCUCCAUGGUCCUGAUGGUGGUCGUUCGCUACAUCUCCGCUGUCCUGGUGUGGAUUCUCACCAUUAUCGUGGUGCUGGGCUCUCUAGGAGGCACCAGUGUUCUCUGGUGGUUAUAUAUAGACCACAGGCUGACGAGGAAUGAGACUUUGACUAAAGAUUUAAAGGAACCGAAAGAGACAAACGGGGAAGCUGAGGCGUCCAAGGACCACAUGCAAACCCUGCUGGUGUAUGCCAUCGCAGCAAGUGUGUUCACGGUGAUCUUGCUCUUGCUAAUGCUGUUCAUGCGCAAGCGGGUGGCCCUGACCGUCGCGCUGUUCCACGUGGCCGGCAAGGUGUUCAUCCACCUGCCCCUGCUUGUGCUGCAACCUUUCUGCACCUUCAUCGCCCUCUUCCUCUUCUGGGUCUACUGGAUCCUGGUGCUUCUCUUCCUUGGAACCACUGGAAAUCCGGAAAAGAAUGAGAAGACGGGUCUGACGGAGUUCCGUUUGAGUGGUCCGCUGCAGUACCUCACGUGGUACCAUGCCGUGGGGCUCAUCUGGAUCAGCGAGUUCAUUCUGGCAUGCCAGCAGAUGACUGUGGCAGGAGCCGUGGUGACGUACUAUUUCACCAGGGACAAGAACAAGCUCCCGAUAACACCCAUCCUGUCAUCGGUGGUGCGUUUGAUGCGGUACCACCUGGGCACUGUGGCAAAGGGCUCCUUCAUCAUCACCUUGGUGAAGAUUCCACGCCUCGUCCUUAUGUACAUCUACAACCAGCUGAAAGGAAAGGAAAACGCGUGUGCACGCUGCAUGCUGAAGGCGUGCAUUUGCUGCCUGUGGUGUUUGGAGAAGUGCCUCAAUUAUCUGAAUCAGAACGCGUAUGCAGCAACAGCCAUCAACAGCACCAGCUUUUGCACGUCGGCGCGCGACGCCUUCAUCAUCCUCGUGGAGAACGCACUGAGGGUGGCAGCUAUCAACACCGUGGGAGAUUUUGUGCUUUUCCUGGGCAAGAUCCUAAUUGUGUCGUGCACAGCGUUCGCGGGCGUGCUGGCACUGAACUACCAGCGUGACUACACGGAGUGGGUGCUGCCGCUCCUCAUCGUGUGUCUGUUCGCCUUCCUGGUGGCCCACUGCUUCCUGUCCAUCUUCGAGAUCGUGGUGGACGUGCUGUUUCUCUGUUUCGCCAUUGACACCAAAUACAAUGAUGGCACGCCCAGCAAGGAGUUCUACAUGGACAAGGCUCUCAUGGAAUUUGUGGAGAACAGCAGGAAGUCGGGGGCGACAGCAGAGCGUGGGCGGAGCAAGAGGUCUCGCGCUCGUGAUGAGGCGGAGCUUACAGAGAUAAAGGCCAUGGCUCCUGGAACAAGUUCAGCUUGACCUAAAGCAGCCCAUGGGACUUUUUAAAGACAUUCCAAAAUGUUUAUUUUUACCAAUGUGUAACAUGUUUACUAUGGUUUCACUCCAGGGAAUACAAUAUUUUAAUAAGAAACUGUAAAAAAAAAAAGAAAUAACAAUGUAAUGAAGCACUUUAUAUUGAAGCGCUGCAUAUUUUAAAAGGCUGAUGCAUUUUUCGUAGGGAUGUCCUUUUUAUAAGACUAAAAAACGAUUGCCAUCUAGUGAAGCGCAGUACUAAUAAUGUCUAGGAUCACUGUUUUUCUUAUGUAAGAUUUUCAUAACAAACUUUUGUUCUUUUUCUUAAAUGGGUUUCUCGGUGUAAUCAGAAACCUUUGUGUUAUGCAGCAAUGAAGAUUCUUCUUCUUCUUCUUUUUGUUAUCAUUUUAACUCUGGACCAUCUGAACAUAUUUUGCUCUUAUUGAUGUGUGAUUCUUCUCAGUUCCAGUAAGCACGUUAGCUGUGUUUGGGAUGGUCACUAGCAGCUGAGGUUUUUGGGUUUAUGCCUCACUAUUACCACUCGGUUAAUUCACCACCAAACCUAGUGAUUUUCGGAUCUUCUUGUCGAACUGUAGUAAAACAAAAACAAGAGAGAUUGUCCAGCAGUGACUGUUCCUGCACAUUAGAGGGUUGUUUUUUUUUUUUGGUUUUUUUUUUCUGAGAGGAAGAAGUCUAUGAUUUGAAGUUUUCAAAGGAAGGUGGUUCUUUAUAAUUACUGGCAGCAAAGGAGCAGGCCUUUGCCACACUGGCUGCGGUGGCAGCACGCACCCUGGCAGCCAAUGCGGCAGGGUCCCGCUACUUUUCCAGGUCUACGCUGUAUGUAUUGUGUGUGUUGUGGAACCGAUGCACUGGAUUAGUGGCUUAAGACACAACCCCAAUUCUAGACCUUGAACAACAGUCAUACUUUUGCAAACUGUGAUGCAUAUUGCCCAGAAUCACGAUAGCCAGUGCUUAAUGCCAGUAUUUUGUUCUUCUGAGCUGUAAAGGCCUGCAGUCUUCAGACACACAGGGUGAGUAUGGCAUAAAGCUCUAGACAUGUAUCCACCAAGAACAUUAGGACUGGAUUGAUGAUUAACAAUCAGAUUCCUUGCAUGUUCACCCUGACCCGAGUCACCAACUCUGACCGCAGGUCAGCACUUCACAGAUGAUUGAGUCAAAAGCACAAGUACCAUGCUUUCAUUUUUCUCAUGACUGAUCGCGUUGACUAAUGGAUAAUACAACAGUGCUUUUUGGGUCACUGAGCUCUGCACUCUCCUCAAACGCGGUGUGUUUUUGCUAGGGCUAUUUCUGCAGUUCCUCCUUCAGAUUGUAGCGGGAGAAAGUGUGGAUAACGUUUCUGAAAAGAAAAUGCUUCUGCAUGUGCAGCUUUUUAAAUAUUUCUUUUAUAGCACGUACGAAUAGUACUUGUCACCUGGUCAUUUGUUGCUCAUUUAACAAGGAUUAUCAUAGUCACACCGUAUCCUGCGGAGAGUCCAGUUGCUUGGUCUCUGUGUGAUGUUCGAUCAUCCACUUUUACACCUCCGGCAAACUCAAGUCUUCCUAUGUGCACUACAUUUCUCAAAAUAAUUUUUUUUUUCCUUUGUAAGGCAUGCUUGUGACAGUAAAUGAUGGGGAGAGGAGAGGCACACAAAAAAACUCGCGUCUUGCCUUAACCUACCCAGGGGGCGGCCCCCCCCAAGUGAAUUUGAUUUGGUUCGUUCCAGUGCAGUACAGUAUUUUCCCCCAUGACAGUCAACAACAGAACUAGUAAGCCUUAAUACAGUUCUAACUUUCCACAAGAUCUUCACAACCAUGUAUAAUGCCAGGAUAGGACAGGAGCAGCUGGGAGAAAAAUGCUUUUUUGCUGGUGCGUGAAUGGGAUGAAUCAAUAUUUUCACUGGUACCGUUUAUUGUGUAGUUUUACGUUUUACUAAGUGAAUGUUCCACAAGAGAGACUUUGGCUAACAUUACCCAGGUUCUCAAACUGGAAACAACACACGUUAGCUGUACAGCAGGGGUCAGGUCAGUUUGCUAGUUUGGGAUAAAGUGUGACUAUCAUCUUUAGUGUACAUAAUGCUAUAUUAUAUCUGAUGUAUAAUGUUUCAGAUAGGAUGAUAUUUCAGAAACUACAAAGUCGAGACAUAGCUGAGAUUGGUUCAUUUGUGUCCUUAUUAGAGAAUGAUCAAAUGACUACUAUUGGCUCAUUGCACUCAGCUAGAGUACCUGGGAAAUGUUGGCAAAAUUCCUGACAAUGUGUAGAGAGUAGCAUCAUAACGCUAAGGAUUUUGUGUGGAAUUCUGAAUUCUUGUUGGGAAAAAAAAAGAAGUCGAGUUGGGUGAAAAUGAAGUGAAUACGACUGUGACGUCUACAGCUUUUUAAAUGUACAGAAUACAUGAACAUGCAAUGAUACAUGUUGACUGAUAAUAGAAUGUCUUUUUGACAAGGGGCCUGAAAGUGUAUUGUGUGGUUUUUUUUUGUUUUGGUUUUUUUCUCCAUGUGUGUUAUUCAAAGUCUCACAUUUGGAGUGAGGGAACCGUGACGUUAUGGGGUAGUUUGAAAAACUUUUGUGGAGUGCAGAAAUGUGCACAGACGUAGCUAUGAAAUAUUAAGAGCAUGAAUAAUAAUAAAAGUUACAGAUUCAACAUUUUGCCAUAUAUGGUUACAGAAAGAUGGUAUUUAAUACAGUGAUAAACACAUUUGUAAAGAAUAUUAAUAUUUAAAAUGAUCUUAUAGUACAGUCAUUUCAUGAAGAAAGUGUUUAAUAAAAAAUUUAGAGAGGGAUAUCCCUCUGAUGACAAAUUUGUCUUAGAACGCUUGAGAAUGCAGUAGACAAUACAUGAGUAAACCAUAGAAAUACAUAGUUAACAAACGAUAGCAAAAGAACUCAUUGGAUUUGUUGGGGGUGAACCUAACACUAUACAAGUUUGCCUUUUCCUGAGUAUAGUGUUGUGCUUUCUGGUUCUGCUCUACUGCUGGGGGAUCUGGGGCAGGAACACUGUUCCUAGAUCAGCUUCUCCAGCCUGAACCAGUGCUGAGUAAUGGCAGUCCCUGGCUCUCUGUGCUCCCCCUUGUUGCCAAACGCUUACACAAUGGGAAAUUCAGACUGGGUGAACAAACACUGUAUUGUGCUGGCUGGUUGAGAACCAGUUUGUUUUUGUUUUGGUAUUUGGUAGAGUUCUUGCUCCUCCCACCACCCACCACCCCCCACUCAGCCAACCUGGCAGCUAUGCAGCUGCACUGGGGUGUGACCGUGUGGUCUCACGCUGUCUGUUUACUACAUCUCUCUAAGUUAGCAAAGCCCACAGCUACAGUGCACACGCACGCAC